CCGUGGCCAUGACAAAACUUUCGUUCUUUCGUGGCUGUGUGUGAAGAAUGUGUUUAAUGGAAACUUUGGAAUAAUCUCUACAAGAAAUUGUAAACAACAUAGUGGUUUUAUUGACGAAUAUACAAAAGUAACUAUAACAAUCGUAAAUAGUGUUAUAAACAAAGAUAUCACAGCAUUUGUGGCAUUAAAAAAAUGUUAUUGUGCGCUAAGAAUCAUAAUGGCGGCCCGUCGCGUCCCCCGCGCCUCCAUUUCGAUGACAGUCAAAUUAUGACAAUGCCGAUGCAUAAAGUUUAGGAAAUGUUGUGUUUUUGUACAUAUUAUAGUGAAAGUUGUUAGUAUUUUAUACUGUGAGGACUAACAAUGAAUCCCGAGCACCAUAGUAUCAAUACGGGUGGUGGCCAGCCUCCUGGAACUUCUGAGUCUCAAAGCCAACGGAUCCAAAAUGCCCAACAACAGCAGAGUAACAUGCCCGCCACUACUUCAGCAACGGACUUGCGAGUAAAUUCCGUGAAUUCAGCAGCCGUCAACGUUGCUUUGUCUAGUGUCGCAAAAUAUUGGGUGUUUACAAAUCUUUUUCCGAGCCCCAUACCUCAAGUUUCCGUAUAUGGACUGCCUACAGGCACAAGAAUUGAAAAUGGAAAACCUGUUCAGGAUUUGGGCCAAACCCACGCUAGCAUACUCAAUGGGGAUCCAAAUAUCAUACUCGGUCAUCACACUGGACAACCACAAGUCACAGUGUCGGCUGCUGGUGCACAACAGAUACCAGUGUCUCAAAUCAUUGCAGCACAAUCCGGUCAAACUCAUGAAGCUCUGGUGGCUCACAGUCAGCAAGAAUUGGCUGCCCAGCAAGCUUCCAGUGCAGCUCAGGUGGCUACUACUCACCAGCAGGUACCCAAUAACCGGGUCGAAUUUGUACAACACCAUAAUGUUGAUAUGGUAAAUCACAUGGGGCAUCAUUCACAACAACAUUUGAUGCAGCAGCAGCUGAUGGCUGGGUCGCGGCAGGAGCAUACAAAUCAACAGAUCCAACUGACUGUCAGUGAAGAUGGCAUCGUCACAGUGGUGGAGCCCGGGGGCGGGAAGCUAGUGGACAAAGAGGAGCUCCACGAAGCUAUCAAGAUACCCACAGACCACCAGACACUUACUGUUCACCAAUUACAGCAAAUUGUUGGACAGCAGGUGUGUAAACAAGAGUGGCAAACGUCUGAGGUAAUAGACAGUGUGGUCCGCAUUGAGCAGGCGACGGGCGAGCCCGCCAACAUCCUGGUGACUCACAACGCGGACGGCACCACCUCCAUCGAGGCCAGCGCCGCGGACCCGCUCAUCGUCAAGGACGAGAAGAGCUCAAAGAUAGAGACUGCGCAGUUUGCUAUACCUGCCGAAAUCAAGGACAUCAAGGGAAUCGAUUUGAAGAGUGUUGGUGCGAUGGGAAUGGAAGGAGCUGUGGUGAAGAUAUCUGCUGGAGCGUCAGACCACGACCUCCAUGCUAUGUAUAAAGUGAAUGUGGAAGAUCUGUCGCAACUGCUGGCGUACCACGAGGUCUUCGGGAAGCUAAACACGGAGGGGCAGCAACAAUCUAAAGUGAUCAGCGAGGUGGAGGUGGAGGCGGGCACGAGCGCGGCGCUGGAGGAGUCGUCGCCCGGACAGCACGCCUGCGACAUCUGCGGGAAGAGCUUCCCCUUCAGAUACCAGCUCAUCGUUCAUAGACGAUACCAUGGUGAAAGCAAGCCAUUUACGUGUCAAGUAUGCGGCUCUGCGUUUGCCAACCCUGUCGAACUGUCAAGGCAUGGGAAAACUCACCUUGCUGGAGACCCCGCGGAACGCAAUGCCAAGCGACUAACUCAAGACAAGCCCUACGCCUGCACAACUUGCCAUAAAACUUUCUCGCGCAAAGAACAUCUCGACAAUCAUGUCCGCAGUCACACAGGAGAAACGCCUUAUAGAUGCGAGUUCUGCGCAAAGACAUUCACCCGUAAGGAGCAUAUGGUUAACCACGUGCGGAAACACACGGGCGAGACUCCGCACCGCUGCGAGAUCUGCAAGAAGAGCUUCACGAGGAAGGAGCACUUCAUGAACCACGUCAUGUGGCACACAGGUGAAACGCCGCACCAUUGUCAAAUUUGCGGCAAGAAGUAUACUAGGAAGGAGCAUUUAAUGAACCAUAUGAGGUCACACACAAACGAUACUCCGUUCCGAUGCGAACUUUGCGGCAAGUCCUUCACGAGAAAGGAACACUUCACCAAUCACAUUAUGUGGCAUACGGGCGAGACGCCGCACCGAUGCGACUUCUGUUCCAAAACCUUCACUCGCAAGGAGCACCUCUUGAACCACGUGAGACAACAUACGGGCGAGUCUCCGCACCGCUGCAACUUCUGUUCGAAAUCCUUCACGCGCCGCGAACAUCUCGUGAACCACGUGAGACAACACACGGGGGAGACCCCCUUCCAAUGUGGAUAUUGUCCAAAAGCCUUCACCAGAAAAGACCAUCUCGUGAAUCACGUCCGGCAACACACGGGCGAGUCUCCGCACAAGUGUUCAUUUUGCACCAAAUCGUUCACCCGCAAGGAGCACCUCACGAACCACGUCCGCCAACAUACCGGGGAAUCCCCGCACCGGUGUACUUUCUGCUCCAAAUCCUUUACCAGAAAAGAACAUUUAACCAAUCAUGUCAGACAGCACACUGGCGAAACCCCACACAAGUGCACGUUCUGCCCGCGCGCGUUCUCUCGUAAGGAGCACCUCAACAACCACGUGCGGCAGCACACGGGCGACAUGCCGCACUCCUGCUCCUACUGCAACAAGAGCUUCACCAGGAAGGAGCAUCUCGUCAACCAUAUCAGACAACACACAGGCGAGACGCCGUUCAAGUGCACGUAUUGCACCAAGUCGUUCUCACGUAAGGAGCACCUCACCAACCACGUGCAUCUCCACACGGGGGAGACGCCGCACAAGUGUCCUUUCUGCACCAAGACCUUCUCCAGGAAGGAGCAUCUGACAAAUCAUGUCAGGAUCCACACGGGCGAGUCCCCGCACCGCUGCGAGUUCUGCCAGAAGCGGUUCACACGCAAGGAGCACCUCACGAACCACAUGAAGCAGCACACGGGCGACACGCCGCACACCUGCAAGGUUUGCUCCAAGACGUUCACUCGGAAGGAACAUCUGGGAACGCACAUGAGGUCGCACUGCUGCGGCGAACGGCCGUUCAGUUGCGGUGAGUGCGGCAAGUCGUUCCCGCUGAAAGGAAACCUGCUGUUCCACGAGCGCUCCCACAAUAAGAAUAACAGCGGAGGCUCCAGACCUUUCCGCUGCGAUGUUUGUUCUAAGGACUUCCUAUGUAAAGGACACCUGGUGGCGCACCGGCGCACGCACGACGCGGGCCAGGGCUCCCCGGCCGAGGCCGACGACUGCGACAAACAGGAGCCGCAGGACAGGAAGCACGACAUCAUGGCAACUACUGAGAACAGACCGGCAGAGACGAAUGUCGUUCAAAACACCCAGACUAAUUCAAAUGUAAUGCAAAUAACCACUCAGCAACAAGUCCGGUCGGUGCCGACGAGCGCGGGCGAAGUACAAGCCAGCAGCUUCAGUCACCAGCCCAGCUCGCACACCGCCACUCUCCACCAUCCCGUCACCGUCAACUACUAGCAUACCCUCCCUGCAGGGGGGGGCAACCCCGCCCGGCAACAGUUGCGGCUCCAGACACAAGAACACUCAUUCACACUAGUGCGAGAGAUCGACAUCUGCCAAGCGCUGUUAUAAGCUCACAGUGUAGUGCGAUUUGUGAUUUCGGAAUAUUUACUACAAGCGUAACAGGCAAAUUCGAAUGUAUAGUGCUGGCUUUUACAUUUGUGAUAUUUACUAUAACUUUAUAUGAUCAUUCGUUUUCUUGUUAUGUUUGUAGUUGUGUCGUGACAGUGACUAACAAAUAUACUAUAUAUAAUAAUAUAUAUACACCACAAAUUAAAGACUAUGUACACUAUUAUGGAUUGUGAUUACAGAAUAUGAAAUGCAGUGAAAGGACACCAUAAAUGUUUAAAACUAAGUUGGCCAGUAUAUAAAAGUACUAUACUUAUGAUCUUUAUUGAUCUCUAAUGCUUAUCUGAAUAUUUUUAUGCUACUAUCUUCUUUAAAAAAAUACUUUUUAAUUUUAUCAUCAGCAACACUAAAUCUAUAAAUUACGUCAGAAAAUGUGUCCUACUUCAAUUGUAAUUCUUUUAAAAAUAGUGUAAAUUAUGUAAAUAACGUAUAAAUAGCUUAUGUAUAUAUACUAAGUGAAGACUCGAAAGUGUAUUUUUAACUUUUUGUCAGUCUUACAGUUUGGUGGAAUAAUUUUAAGUAUAUAUUUUAACAUUAUAUAUCUGCAAUACGCUUAUUUUUUAUUGCCACAAAUAUCUAUAUUAGAACAUGUUUGAUUUACAUGAAAAUGGUUUGUAUAGUGGUUACCAGAUAUUUUUAUUACGACAAUAAAUUAAUCAUUUAAAUCCAUGUUUCAUAGGAAUGGUUAAGCGUUUUUCAUUUAAUUUUUAUGUUUUAUAUUUUUAAAUUGUCAGAAAUCUGAGAUGAGUAACAGGUGAAAUUUACAUUCCUCAAUAAUAUCAUACAUAAAGCAGUGAGCGUUAAGAUGGCGGAACCAAGUCUCCAAUUCAGAAUAUAUUCUGUAAUGUGCUAUAGCACAUCAAGGUAUUUGUACUAUAAAUGUACUAUUUGUACCCUUAACCAGACAUUUGUACCUCUAAAGGUAAUAAAAGUACAUGAAGCAGGGACCUCCCCUGGUCAAACACAAAUCGUCAAAAUGGCGGGACCAAUGUUUUAAUCACGUAACUUCAAUUUGGUACCUACAAUUGUAUUGCAAUGGGAGUACAUACCAGGAUAUACGUAGUACUAAGUUUUCGGAUAUAAAUAACCUGCCUCUGACUAGCGCUUCCAGAAAAUCCCGCCAAAUUGACGUGAAAGUGGCGGGACCAGGGACUUCUUCAUGUACUUUUAUUACCUUUAGAGGUACAAAUGUCCGGUUAAGGGUACAAAUAGUACGUUUAUAGUACCUUGACGUGCUAUAUUUCUGAAUUGGAGACUUGGUCCCGCCAUCUUAACGCUCACCAUAAAGCAAUAAUUAUCGUAGUGAAGGGUUUGUAGUAGAUAUAUAUCUACUACAAACCCUUCACUUAAACAUUUUAAAGUUCCUUGGUAUUAUUUUUUACUAGUGUACUGUUCUAUUGUUCAACUUUGAUAAUAUAUUUGGGAUAAAUUUUAAUAUAUUUUUGUCAAAAUGGGGACCACUGAAGAGAUUACUAACGAAUAUAAAUUCUCUUGAAAUAUUCCCUUUAUUGACAUCAUGGGAUCGUAAAAUACGGUAGCACAGUCCAGCUUUAGAUAAUUACUAUUCUUUGCCAUGUAUUGUACAGUACAAGUGUGAUAAAACGUUUUUGUAAGAAAUGUAUAGAAGUAAUACAUUGUGGUAGGGGUAAUGCUAGCUUAGCGCGGACCACCAAAUGCAUGGAGUGGUGUUAUAAUCACUUCCGCAAAUAUAACAGCUUGUAAUCAGAUAGAUACAGCUUGUUUUUACUUGUACAUAGAUAGUGGUAAUGUAAUAGUUAACAAGUAGAGCUAAGAAUAAAAUUAUCAUUUAUGUUAAAAAUGGCUGGAUUGUGGAUGUUAUUGUAAUGGGGUUAUACGAUUCUGAAUCGUCUGGUUAAUAGUUAGAAGGUGCAAAGAUUAUGGAAGAAAUCAUGGAGAUAAUAAUAUCAUAUAGCCAUUUCGAUACAUUUAUCUUCAAGGGUGCCACUCUAAUUUAUAUUUUAUAGUAAAUCAUUAGAUACAAUAGUAUGUACCUACUAAAAUAAUUUAUGUUCAGUAAUUUGAUAUGAAUGAGAUUAAAAAUGGUAAAAAAGA